AUGGGAUCAUUUCUUUCAAGAACCCUUCUAAUGGUUUUUGGUUAUGCUUGCCCGGCUUACCAUUGCUUUAAGGCAGUGGAAAACAAUAAGCCUGAAAUUCAGCAACUUCGAUUUUGGUGUCAAUACUGGAUUUUAGUUGCUAUUCUAACAGUUUGUGAAAGGGUUGCAGAUGUUUCUGUCUCAUGGUUGCCAUUGUACAAUGAAGUAAAAUUGGCAUUUGUUGUGUACCUUUGGUAUCCUAAAUGGAAAGGAACAACUUAUGUCUAUAAUUCUUUUCUUCGGCCUUAUGUUGCAAAACAUGAAACUGAAAUUGAUCGAAUCUUGUUUGAGCUAGAGGUGAAGACGGGGGAGGUUGGGGUUCUUAAUUGGCAUAGGGCAAUGAGUUAUGGCCAGGCAAGGUUUUUUAAGAUCCUGAAGUGUCUUUCUUCUCAAGAAGCAUCAGAGCCUUAUCUUGAUCAGCAACAGCAAAAUCUCAGAAUAGCAGAACCGCCUGCUUCAAGUCAGGCAUCUCCAGCCAAAUCAAAGCAGUUGGAACAACCUCUUCCAGAUUCUUCCAGCUUGUUGGAAGAGCUGUUUGACACAAUAAAAGAACCAGGGUUUCGCCUUGCAUCUCAGAGUGAUAAAAGGAUGAUCUCCGGUCAAUCUUGUAUUAAAACAACUAGCCAAUUAUCGGUGAGUAUAUCAGAAACAGGGGCAAUUCAACCAACAUCAACAUUAUCCUUAGGUAAUGGAGACUCAAAUUCAUCUCAGGAACAAACAUGUCACAAGAAAGCUGUAACCAAAUGUCGUGGCAUUUGGAGGAUAUUCAAGAGUAGUGCAGCCCAUAAAAACAGUUAG